AGAGAGGGUUCGUUGCAGUUAAAUACGCAACUACCUCUCCAUUCUAUCCCUCCAUCCCUUGCCUGCUCUCUCUCUUCUCUUCUCUUCUCUUCUCUCUCACAGAGUCAUUAACUAUACAUAGAAGAGAUAUAGAUAGAUAGUACAUUCCUUUGUGAUUCUUUGCGAUCACUUAAAUCUCUCUCUCUCUCUCAUUUCCAAUCUCCCUCUCUCUCUAACUACUACUCUACGUAACGUUUGCUCUUCCAUAAUUCUCUUUCGUCCCUUGAUUACUUAUAAUAAAAAGCAAAACCUAGCUAGCACCUCUCGUUGACAUUAGGAGCGCUCAUAAUCCUUUUUUGUGCUGUUCUCUCUCUGCUGCACUUGAGGGAAAAUCAUGGCAAGGGAACAAUUGCAGGUGCUUAAUGCACUUGAUGUGGCCAAAACACAAUGGUACCAUUUCACGGCAAUAGUGAUUGCUGGCAUGGGGUUUUUCACUGAUGCAUACGAUCUUUUUUGCAUCUCCCUUGUGACCAAAUUGCUGGGUCGGAUAUAUUACUACCAACCAGGUUCUGAUACUCCGGGAGCUUUACCUUCAAAUGUGUCAUCAGCUGUUAAUGGUGUUGCAUUCUGUGGUACCCUUUCUGGUCAGCUCUUCUUUGGCUGGCUUGGUGACAAAAUGGGCAGAAAACGUGUCUAUGGUAUGACGUUGAUGAUCAUGGUCAUUUGCUCCAUUGCUUCUGGCCUCUCUUUUGGCAAAAAUCCUACCGCUGUUAUGUCUACUCUUUGCUUCUUUCGCUUCUGGCUUGGAUUUGGCAUUGGUGGUGACUACCCACUUUCCGCUACAAUCAUGUCUGAGUAUGCUAAUAAAAAGACUCGCGGUGCUUUCAUUGCUGCUGUUUUUGCCAUGCAAGGUUUUGGAAUCUUGGCUGGGGGGAUGGUCGCUAUUGUAAUUUCUGCGGCUUUUAAGGCCCAGUUUCCUGCCCCAGCUUUUGAAGUUGAUCCAGCUGGCUCUACUGUGCCUCAAGCUGAUUAUGCUUGGCGGAUUAUUGUGAUGUUUGGUGCAAUUCCAGCUGCUCUUACUUAUUACUGGCGAAUGAAGAUGCCUGAAACUGCGCGUUACACUGCCUUGGUUGCGAAGAAUGCUAAACAGGCUGCGUCUGACAUGGCAAAAGUGCUUGAGGUUGAGUUGGAGUCAGAACAAGAGAAAAUUGAGAAGAUGUCACAGGAAAAGGGCAAUGAUUUUGGUCUUUUCUCUACACAAUUUGCUCGUCGUCAUGGACUCCACUUGCUUGGAACCACUACCACUUGGUUCUUGUUAGACAUUGCAUUCUACAGCCAGAAUCUGUUUCAAAAGGACAUUUUCAGUGCUAUUGGGUGGAUUCCUAAGCCCAAAACUAUGAAUGCCCUUGAAGAGGUCUUUAAAAUUGCUAGAGCACAGACUUUAAUUGCUCUUUGCAGCACGGUUCCGGGUUAUUGGUUUACUGUUGCAUUUAUUGACAGGAUUGGCAGGUUUGCAAUUCAAUUGAUGGGAUUCUUCUUCAUGACAGUAUUCAUGUUUGCCUUGGCUAUCCCUUACCAUCAUUGGACUCUGCCGGACCACCGAAUUGGCUUCGUUGUGAUAUAUUCACUCACUUUCUUCUUUGCCAAUUUUGGUCCCAAUGCCACCACAUUUGUUGUUCCUGCAGAGAUAUUCCCAGCGAGAUUGAGGUCUACUUGCCAUGGUAUAUCAGCUGCAUCUGGCAAAGCAGGGGCAAUUGUGGGUGCAUUCGGGUUCUUGUAUGCUGCAGAUGGUAUCGGAGUGAGGAAGACUCUUAUAGUUCUGGGUGUAAUAAAUUUCCUGGGAAUGAUUUUUACUUUCUUAGUACCUGAAUCGAAGGGAAAAUCACUCGAGGAAAUGUCUGGUGAAGGUGAGCAAGAAAACGGAUCCACGGCUGAGUCUAGGCAAACCGUUCCAGUUUAGUUAGGCUUUCAUACUACGUGGUAUCUUUGUAUAAUCUCAGGAAAUUAGCGGAAGACGCAGGGAUAAGCAUGCUUAUGAGCAUAGUAAGCUCUCAGGGUUCUGCUUACUUUUCUAGCCGUGAAUUAGCUGGUCUUAGUUGUAGGAAAAAUAAGAAAAAUUAGCUUUCUAGUGGCGUGAUUCUCACUUUCCUGUACGGUUCCUAUAGAAUGAAUCUCUAUUUCACCGUUUACAUAA